AUGGAGCGGUUUAAUCGAAUGUUGCAGGCCGCACAAGGCAUGGGCAUGAGCAACGCUCCUCAGGGGGACACCCCCAACCUUAUUGAUAACUCCGAAACCGUUCACAUAUCGUCUUUAGCUCUACUGAAGAUGCUACGGCACGGUCGUGCGGGUGUUCCUAUGGAAGUCAUGGGUUUAAUGCUUGGAGAGUUUGUGGAUGAAUACACAGUCAGAGUAGUGGAUGUAUUCGCUAUGCCACAGAGCGGUACCGGUGUCAGUGUCGAAGCUGUUGAUCCCGUAUUCCAGACAAAGAUGAUGGAGAUGCUCCGACAGACAGGAAGACCAGAAACUGUCGUAGGAUGGUACCAUUCUCAUCCAGGUUUCGGAUGCUGGCUCUCUUCCGUCGAUAUCAACACCCAACAGUCCUUCGAACAGCUUACUCCUCGCGCCGUGGCUGUCGUUGUCGAUCCUAUACAAUCCGUUAAAGGAAAGGUUGUUAUUGAUGCCUUCCGGUUAAUAUCACCUCAGACCCUCGUUAUGGGCCAAGAACCACGCCAAACCACAUCUAACCUUGGACAUCUCAACAAACCAUCUAUCCAGGCCUUGAUCCACGGUCUAAACCGUCAUUACUACAGCAUUGCCAUCAACUACCGAAAGACGGGGCUGGAGGAGAAUAUGCUGAUGAAUCUUCACAAACAUGUAUGGACUGAGGCCCUUCAGAUGAACGACUUCAGAGAGGAACGCAAAGAAAACAUGGAGCGGCUGCAGAAGCUUGUCGGACUUGCUGAAGGAUACGAGAAGAGGGUUAAGGAAGAGUCAGAGCUCACACCAGAACAACUUAAGACACGCUAUGUUGGAAAGCUUGACCCCAAGAAACAUAUCGAGGAUGUUGGCCAGCAGCUUAUAGAGGACAAUAUUGUUGCCGUGUCCCGACAGAUGAUCGAUAAGGAGGCAUCGCUGGCUCGGGAUAGCAGGUCCAAUGCACGUCAACACGAGAUGAUGGAAACUGACGAAGAAAUAUGA